GUGCAGCUACCGCCGGCAAUGGUGGUAAUGGUGGUAACGGUGGUAACGGUAAUAACAAUUUAAAACGUGGUUCUAACAAUGGUGGCAACGGUGGUAAUGGUGGUAACGCAACUGGAGGAAACGCUAAUGCCAAUGCUGGGAAUAAUGGCCAAGCUAACGCCACCGGAGGUGCAGCUACCGCCGGCAAUGGUGGUAAUGGUGGUAACGGUGGUAACGGUAAUAAUAAUGGAAGCAAUAAUUAA